UCUCUGGCUGGUUUUUGUCAGAACUUGGAGGGAGAAUUACGUUUGAAACACUUGACUCAACUUCUUUUCAAUCUGUGUGGUUGAGAGUCCGAGCCAAGGGGCUCUUGCUGCAAUGUGAUUCAAUGUUUUCAAAAUCUGGAACUGAUUUUCAUGGGGAGUAUCCCUUUCCUUCGCUCCAACCUAUGGAUUUAUUGAAGCUUUCUUACUCGGCUUGAAGGCAGGAGCCGAUCGCUCUUUCUCACCUCAUUGGUUUCUGCCCCUCUUGGAAUUGCGAUCUCUCCCUACUCCACUUGGCAGACAGUGGGAGGUUUUGUACCGGUGCCUGACAAGGGAAGUGGCCGCUUUAAGGUGCGCUUUGAGACGCAUACAAGUCAAGACAAGACCAACAAAUUCAUUCAUUUGUUUAUUUUUUAACAAAACUUUUGGAUUUCAGUCGCUGGAGCGUUACAUUUUUUUCUUUUUUUUCCCAUACGGAUUUAACUCGGAUUGGGCGUUUCUUUCUCUGUUCUUUUCCUCUGUUCCUUUUGUUUCCUUCUUCUGGUGAAGGGUUUGAGGAACACACAAACUCCCCCGGGAUGAGCCGAGCCUGGAGGUUGCCCCUGAGUGUGUGCCUGCUGGCCACAGUGGCCCAAACCCUCAACCCCUUUGCGGUGCAGCAGAGCCAACCAGACCCCUGCUACGAGGAGAACGGAGCUGCCCGGCGAUGCAUCCCAGAAUUCAUCAACGCUGCUUUCGGGAAGGAAGUCCAGGUAUCCAGUACCUGCGGCAGCCCAUCUUCCCGCUCCUGCAGCAUCACGGAGCGAGAAGAGCGCCCGGCGGUCCGGUCCUGCCAGGUAUGCGAUGCCUCGGAGCCCAGAAGAGCCCACCCUGCCUCCUACCUCACAGAUCUCAACUCUGCCCACAACCUAACCUGCUGGCAAUCUGAAAACUUCCACCACUCCCCACACAAUGUCACCUUGACCCUGUCUUUGGGAAAGAAAUUCGAGAUCACUUACGUCAGCCUCCAAUUCUGUUCCCCUCGCCCUGAAUCCUUAGCCAUCUACAAAAGCAUGGAUUACGGCCGAACCUGGACUCCAUAUCAAUUCUACUCUUCUCAGUGCCGGAAAAUGUAUAACCGUCCGAACAAGGCAGUGAUUACCAAACAGAAUGAGCAGGAGGCACUCUGUACAGAUGGGCACACUGAUCUCUACCCACUUUCCGGUGGGUUGAUUGCAUUUAGCACCCUUGAUGGUCGCCCAUCUGGUAAGGAUUUCGACAACAGCCCUGUGCUGCAAGACUGGGUGACAGUGACGGACAUCCGAGUGGUGUUUAGCCGGCCUCACUUCCCUCGGGAGCUUGGAGGAGGAGGGGGAGGUGGAAGGAAGGACGAGCACCCAGCAGCUGGAUCCUAUUUCUAUGCGGUUGGGGAGUUCCAGGUGGGAGGCCGCUGCAGGUGCAAUGGGCACGCCGCCCGCUGUAUGAAAGAGAAGGAGGGGAAGCUGGUGUGCAACUGCAAGCACAACACAGAGGGACCCGAAUGUGAUCGCUGCAAACCAUUCCACUACGACCGGCCCUGGCAGAGAGCCAGCAAUCACGAGCCCAACGAGUGUCUGGCCUGUAAUUGUAACCUGCAUGCACGCCGCUGCAGAUUCAACAUGGAGCUGUACAAGCUGUCCGGCCGCAAGAGUGGGGGGGUCUGUCUGAACUGCCGGCACAAUACAGCGGGGCGCCACUGCCACUACUGCAAGGAAGGCUUCUACCGAGACCUUACCAAAACCAUCACUCACAGGAAGGCUUGCAAAGCUUGUGACUGCCACCCGGUGGGUGCGGCUGGAAAGACAUGCAACCAGACAACGGGCCAGUGCCCCUGCAAGGACGGUGUGACGGGCAUCACCUGCAACCGCUGUGCCAAGGGAUACCAGCAGAGCCGCUCGCCAGUGGCACCCUGCAUCAAGAUCCCAGUGAUCAGCAGCACUGAAGCUGUGGUCAGCAGUACAGAGGAGCCUGCAGAUUGUGAGUCGUAUUGCAAACCAGUCAAGGGAAACCUGAAGAUCAACAUGAAGAAAUACUGCAAGAAGGAUUAUGCUGUGCAGGUGAACGUUCUUGACAUGGAGACCGUAGGAGACUGGGCCAAGUUUUCCGUGAACGUGGUCACUGUCUACAAGAGCCGAGGCGACCCCAUCAAGCGAGGUGACCACUUCUUGUGGAUCCACAUGAAGGACCUGGCCUGCAAGUGCCCCAAGAUCCAGAUGAGCAAGCGCUUCCUGGUCAUGGGAGCCACCGAGGGGCCGUCGGAGCGAGCAGGGCUGCUGGCAGACAAGAACAGCCUGGUGAUCCAGUGGAGGGACAUUUGGACGCGCCGACUGCGCAAGUACCAGCGCAAGGAGAAGAAAGGCAAAUGUGACAAGGCGUGAUGAAGCCCUCGCAUCCAUCCCUCCUGCAGAAAGCUAAUAUUCAGAGAGACAAAGAUUGACUGCAUGUCGCUUUGCUUUAAGGACCAUUGUGUAUAUUGUAUCAUUUUACGUGUGUUUGUUUUUUCGAUUUUUAAAUUGGUCUGCCUUGAAAAGGGACCUUUAAAAGCAAAACAUUCAGAGCUUCUCGAUUCCCCUUGGAACAACUUAAGAAAUCUAAACUUUUCUGCACCGUUUACUUUUCUGUCCGCGUUUGGACUGGACUGUUUUUACGAGGACAACUGACUUUCAAAGGGGCAUGAACUGUGUUACCCAGAGAGGGGUAUGGAUUCCGAAUAGUAAACCUAGAAGCAUAAGACCCCCCCCCCCCCCCCUCUAAAAUACCCUAGAAGUAUCCAAGGAAGGUCUUAUUGUAUGUGAAACACAAAUCUAAGAGCAAGAAGUAAACACAUGAAAUCCAAAUGGCUGCUUUUUCCAACAACCUUAUAAGUAAACUUCUAAUCUUAUUUUUUUUAUUAAGUGGGGUGGAGAUCGGAAUGACUGCUAAAUGUGAUAUUACUUACUACUUCAUGCUACAUAAUAUUUAUUAUAAAAUGUGGGUUUUGAAUUACUGUCCCACCACAUCAUUAAAAAGAUGAAGGGAAAAAAGAAAAAGCCAUUAAAAUACAAUUUCUGUGCUUCCUGCUCUUUAAAUAUCAGGAACUGUGCAGUUAUACUUGCAGACACACUAACGAGCGUUAAGUCAACAUUAAAAGAACAUAGCUUGGCUGUGCCUAUAAUGAAAACAGAUUUAUUAUAUAUUAUUCAUGACAAUUUUCAUUUGGGUAAACUGAACUAUCUGCUAGAUGUAUGGUAUUAAUUGUGAUUAUUGAUAGAAAGCUAAUUUACUGACAAAGCCCCUUCUUAAAGUGUUACAGAAUGACUUUUUGUAUAAAUGAUAUGUUUUUACAUUUAGUUACAAGAAUACCAAGGAUAUUUGGGGUGGCAGGUAAUCAACUUUUAUGUUAUUUACCAGGCCCAUUUAUGUAAUAGGUUCAUUUUAACAGAAUUGUAGCCCACUCAAGCAUAUGAAUAUACUGUUUGAUAAUGACCUUAAAAUUGGGGAUUAAGCAGUACAUAAUGCACACAGGAAGGUAGAACAAUUAAAUCAGCACACAGGUGCUUCUGUGGUGGAGUGCAGAGCAUUCAGAAAAACACAUGAUAAUUUGCAUAGCACAUUAUAGUAUAAGUAUAUCAUAGAAAAUCACAUGCUUGUAAUUUCAUCUGAAUUACACUUAUUAGGCCCCAUUCAGUCAGCUUUAACUCACAAGUUACUUAAUGAAUGUUUUUUUGAGUCUGUUUUGAUGAAAUCCAUUUUGAUAUUCAUAAAACUUAUAGACUGCCGUUGGUUUCUUAACAGUCUAUUAAAGUUUCAUGAAAACAAAAUAGUGCCUUAAAGAAACGUUUAAAUGACUCAUGGGUUUUGUGAUUAUAUUUUUAAUACUGUUAUUAUUGGAUUGUACUGGAUUUCUGCUCUAUUGCAAUGCAAACAUGAAGCAACACUCUAUUAAAUGAAGAUCCCAGUCCAAUGAUCAUUUCUCCAUUUCUCAAUACCAGGAGUAACUUUAAGAUGACACCCUGUUAAUGUGCCACUCGAAUCGCUGCCCAGCUGAGAUAGAACCUUAAUGAGAUGCAUCACUGCAAUAUGAAUCAGUCACGCUGGUCCUUCAACCUCUUCAAUACAAGCCUUAUCUAUUCGCCCCUCCUCAGAUCUCAUUUUGACUUUUGGAUGUACUGUUUUCCUGAGGCCUUCAUUACAGUCAUCAGUUUCUCCAACUAAUUCUUAUCUGACCAGCCUGCCCUCACAGAAGAGUUUUAUUCUUGGUGUAUUACUCUAACUGCUUGCAGAUCAUUGCAUUACCAGAAGGCAACACUACAGAUUUCAAACGUCGGUUUUGAAGGUUGCUCACUGUCUGGUGCUAAUAAAGUACCAACAUUGAUUACCAGAGGUGUGUAUUGGUUAAUACCAUUGUGGCACACUUGCUUAGUAUUAUGUCAAAUAACUUACCAUUGUGGUACCAUUUCUGUCAAUAACAGCCGCAUACCACAGUUGAUGCUGGUAUCAUUUGCCCUUAGUACCUCAGUACCUUUCUCUAGUUUAUAUUGAAGAGGUUCAGGUGGAGGCAUAAUAAUGAAUAUAGUUUUUUUUUUCAUUAAGAAUUUAUAUUCUGCAUUACAUGCUAUUGUAACAUUCAGCUAAGACUGGUUUUCAGUAAAAUACCCAUGGGGCUGUGUGCCAAUUUAGUUUUUUGCUACUAGAACAGUGUGCAGGGGCUAUACUGCAAAAAGACAAGCUCAUACAAUGUGGGUUAUAAGGUGCUCAGAGUACUGGGAUAGAGUGCUUAAUGUUGUGGUUCCAGAAUUGGAGGCAGUCUAUGACAGUGCCUUUCUGAACCUACAAAGGCUCUUGGAGAACUAUUCUAGCCACCAUGCUUGGCAAUUUCAAUGACAAAUGUAUUUAUAAUAAACCAUUUCAUUAAGAUAGAAAGAGAUUUAGUAGUUUACCAGUGAAGUAUUGACUUAUUAAGAAAUAAUGAAAUUGAGACCUAGCCCGGGUAUGUACAGAACCUACAUGUAUUGGCGUGGACACCAAUUUCACUUAUAACAGAAAACUAGGCAGCGAUGCUAACUGCUUUGCUGGAUGUGUAUUUUCUACAAAUGUGCGCUGCCCUAUGCUCAGGGCUUUAAAACAAUGACUAGGGGGACUGAACCCCACUGUAUCUGCAGCUUGCCUGAGUUACAGUGUGAGAGAUGUGUUUCUGUAGGUGUUGAACAAAAGGUCUCCAACUAAGUGAACAAAGACGUUCAAGACAGGCUGGUGAUGGAGGAAUAUCACAUUUAUAUCACCCGUCCUUCUGCUUACUUGGGAAUGUGAAUGUAUUGAUCCAAACACUGGUGGAUCUUACUGCAGUGCUCCCCUCUAUGUAACUCUGUAGUUGGCAGCCACAGUUAAGAGCCCUUUCUAUUUGGGUUCCAUCUUAUAAUGAGAAUUCAUGUGAUAGUGGAAUAGGGUUAUGUGGAAAAUGGGAGCCAUGACCAUACCGCCUUAUAACCAGUGGCCUUAUAAUGAGUGAGCAUUGUACUGCAUGCUCAAUAGGGGACUUUUAAAUCAUAUUUAGACAGUAAUGUUAAUAAGGCGGUCACCCAUGCUGAAAACACAAGUAGUAAAUAAUACAGAAUGAAGUAGCGGCAGUUAAGUAUACCACCGUUUAGAACUAUUUUUGUUUUGUUGCCAUGGAAACUCAUCCUUAGCCAAUUCAACCUGCUCCAUCUACAUAUCAAUCUCUAGACUUUGUUUCCAUCUCAGCAAUGGUGCCCAGCCAAUAAUCCCCUGCAGAAAUGGAAACCAACAAAAAGAGCACCAUUUUGAGUAAGAGGAGAGGAAGCAAUACUCCCAGACUUCUAUGAAUGGUAUCUAGAUUUGCCAACCCCUGUACCCUGGCUCACACUCUGCAGAACCUUGCUGUUGGAAUGUUCUGUAUCUAAGAAAAGUUCUCAAAGGAAGAAAUCCUCUUCUGCAUACAAAGAUCAGCUUAUUCAUCCCUGCAAGAGGUCAGACCUAGAGCAGACUCCAGGGUUCCUCUGAACUGUCCAGGGCAGUUCUCAAACAUUUGCCUGUCGCUAUUCUGUUUUCCUUCUAAAUGUGUUUCUGGCAGUUUAGAACCACUUGACAGCACUAGGAGCUAGAAUUAAAUUCGAUUUAAGAUACAAAAUUGUCUUAUUUUAGAAGUAUCAAGAUGUGUACUUUUUCUGAGCCUUUUAACACUUGCUGUUAAGUACACAAUGUUGUAAAUAUGUACUGAUAUUAAUUGUUUAAAAACAAAUAAGAAAAUGCCUGUUUUGCAAAUAGGUGGGACAGUCCCAGACUAAAAUCUGAACCCAAACAGUCUUGAGAUCAGUUAUAAAUUAUGGUUUUGUCUGUGGUCUGAACCUGGCCCUGUUAAUAGAGCUCUCGUGGGACCUCAGUUUAAAAGCUGUUCCUGGUCCUGCAGUGCUUGACUCUGUGGCAGUACUGCCUUGCCCGGUGAGAUGCCACUAGGCCGGGGUUCAGCCGUCGCAAGCUGGUCGUUUCUGGAAAGACGAAAGGGCUGGUUUGUUUUCUGGGUUCAGACCGUCUGGUUCCCUCUCCUUCUAUUUUCUCUUUGUAAAUGUUCUCAGAUGCAAUGACCACUGACGUUUAAGCAAAUAAAU